GUUUCGGCUAACCGGCAACGGAUGCGGUUGAUGUCGGAGGGCAGGCCCUACAAGCGUUUGUUUACGAUCUUCGAGCGAAAGCACGUUGUCAGUCACGUGCUUGUUGCGUUCGCGGUUUGACGACGGAUCGUUUUUAUUUGGUGAAGAAAAACAUUUAAGGAAAUCUAAUGAAAAAUUGACUUUAACGAAUCUGUUCGAGUAUGUAGGAAAAACAACCAAAAAAAAACUUUAGGGGACUUUUCAAGUGUUCAUUUACUGAAAUGAAAAAGUUAUUGAAAAUGGACCUAUCCAUGCGUGUCCUGUGUUCUUUAUUAACUUGUGUCCGUUUAAUAGGAGGUGAGGCUAUUAUGAAUGGAGGUGCUAUAUUCAGCAAUAAUCCAGGUCCACGGUUUAUUUCUAGAGGCACUACUUUUAAAGUAGUUACAGGGGAUACGGUUACUCUGCCCUGUGAAAUCCAGCAUCUUGGUCUUUUCGUCAUUGUUUGGAAACGUGGUACAACUUUAAUCAGUGCGGGUCAACAAAAAAUUACUAUGGAUCCUCGAAUAUCCCUGGUCGGCUACAAUUUGCAAAUCAAGGAUAUUAAGCACGCCGAUCAAGGCGAUUACACCUGCCAAAUUGGAGACGGAUCUCAAGGGGACCUAAUUCACACUAUAGAGAUACUUAUGCCACCUAGUCUACAAAUAAUGCCACAAAGCGGCCAAAUAGUUACCAGAAAAGGUAGUCCAGUUUCGUUUGAAUGUAAGGCAAAUGGAAAUCCUCUUCCGACGGUGCAGUGGUCCAAAAAGGAUGGACUUCUUCCAUCAGGAUUACAAGUAGAAACUGGAUAUCUACUAAGUAUUAAUGAAGUGCAACGACAAGAUGCAGGAACGUAUCAAUGUACAGCUUCAAACGGAAUUGGUCAACCAGUAACUGGUGAAGUUAAACUACAUGUUUUAUAUCAACCGGAAGUCAGCGUAGUGCGAUCUUGGGUUAAUUCAGGAGAAGGUUUGGAAGCUAAAUUAGACUGUGUGGUUCAUGCUGAUCCGCCUGCUGAGGUUACGUGGUAUCAAGAUUCUUUUCAAAUACAACCAACCGAUCGGAGAAUUAUGACAAAGAAUGGACAAACUUAUAGUUUGACAAUUAAGAAUGUUCAAAUGUCAGAUUUUGGAAAUUACAGUUGCUUGGUUUCAAAUUCCAUUGGAAGAGAUAAAAGAUACAUUGAGUUAUCAGGAAAGCCUGGACCAGCAAAAAUCAUUAGCUCAUCAUACUCAAACCCACACGAAUAUGAUCUCAAGUGGGUGGUUCAAUCAGUCUUUCCCAUUUUAGAGGUUCGAAUAUUGUAUCGCAAAGUUAUGGUAAAUACGUCCUAUCAUCAUCCAGGCCACUGGCAUGAUCUUCUGGUAAAACCGAGCCAAACAUACAACUCAGCCACCAGCGAACGAACACAGUGGUACAGACUAACUAAUCUUCACGCUGAUUCGGUCUAUGAGUGUCUGAUUCAAACAAAAAAUCAACAUGGUUAUGGUGGACUGUCAGACAUUUUUCAGUGGUUUACCUCACCAAAAGGUAGAAUAAUUUUUACUAAUAGCGGUAGUAAUAGUGUUAAAGUUUCAAUGUAUGUUGUGCUUAGUUACAUUAUCUUUGUACAAAGAUUUUGGCUGUAAAUGAUAUAUUUAUAUUAUAUAAAAAAGAAGACAUUGUAAGUUAUGCCAUUAUUUUUGUUUUAAUUUCUGCAAAUUUAUUACAUAUUAUCUUAAGAUCAUAAUAAAUGAGGUUUACCUAUUUUA